GACAGUAACGCCUGUCUGUGAUUUUGCGCCAAACUUCAAACCCAAAUGUAAGCGUACUAAAUCGACGUACGGGAAUAAAUAGCUUCUGCAGUAUUUUUUUUCUUUUUGAUGCCCAGCUGCGACCGAUCAGAACUGGUUAUGAACUGCUUGAUCUGCUAGAGCGGUAAGCUCUAUCACGAGCUUACGGGCACACAAUCCCCACCGUUACGAUAGCCGUGUUCUUCGCGCCGGCGAGUUCUUUUCACAUAUAUUUUUUUUCUCAUUUUACCCUUCCUCAUUUCUUUAGAGAUGCACCAUUGAUGCCCCACUGCUGACAAUCUAUCUGCUUCGUUCACCGUUUCAUUUCUCUUUACCGAUUAAGUAUUGUUCUCGGCGUGCUGAUUCCUUUUUCGCCAGCGCCACCACCAUCGCCAACAGCAGCACCUCCUCUCCUUUCUUCUCUCCUCGUCCUCCUCCUCCUCCGUUGGGGCGCCGGGCCGGGCUCGCACGAUGGACGCGACCGUCGACUACGGGCCGCAGCAGCCACGGCCGGCCGCCCACAGGCCGCGUGAUCGCCCCGGCAAGCGGCGGGACCACCACGCCAAGCUGCGGCGAUUGGAAGAGGUGCCGGCGUUCCUGCGCCCGAACCCGUUCAUUCGCAGGGGCUACCGCGUGCUCUACACCCCUCGGCAGUGCCUGCGAAGCGUCUUCCAGUGGAACAACGAGACGCUCAACAUCUGGACGCACCUCGGCGGAAUCUUCCUGUUCGGCGCCAUGCUCGUCCGCGACGUCCGGUACCGGCUUCCCGCGGUCAGGGCGAACCUCGUCGACUCCGUCGUCGUGGUGGCCGUCGUGUGUGCCUACAUCACGACGCUGUCGCUCUCUGUGCUGUACCACACGUUCAGCUGCCAGUCCAAGGAGGCCUACUACAAGCUGCUGCGUUACGACUUCGCCGGCGUCGGUCUCAGCCUCGGCUCCACCGUUUCAUCCGGCGUCAUCCUGGCGUUCCAGCAGCACGCCUUCUUCAUGUACCUGUACGUGUCGCUCGAGACGCUCCUGCUGGUGUUCAUCGUCGCCACGCAGCACUCCGACAACAGCAAGGUCCUCUGCAGCCUGGUCGUGUUCGGGCUGGUGCCCACCUUCCACUGGCUCUACCUGGCGCCGCCUUACAUGCCGCAGAUUCUGCCUCGCGUCGCGCUGAUCUUUGUGUACGCGGCCAUCUCGUACGUCGUGCUCGAGGGACGCUUUCCCGAGCGAAUGUGGCCCGGCCGCUGCGACUACGUGGGAGCCAGCCACCAGAUCUGGCACUUGCUGGUCCUCCUCAUGACCUACUGGUGGCACGAGACGGCGUUCGAAUUUGUGCGGUGCAAGAACGGCUUGUGCUGACCGAGUGUGCAUGAACGGUUGUUCAAAGCGUGCCACUCGUCCACUGACGUCCCUAUCGGUUUCAUUUGUGUGUAACGAACGAUUCUGGUGCGAUCGGCGACGUGGGAAGGUCUAUCUAGGCCAGCCGUUAGGCACCACGUCUAUUGCGUCUCUUUUUUUUUUUUUCCGUCCAAACUGUUCUAGCAUAUAUCAUACCUCUGUGGCUGCGCGACGAACACGGGACGGGCAAAAAUUACGAAAUUCGAAAAUUUUAUCUCACGAAACUCGCACUGAUAUAGGUAGUAAAGAAAAAAAAUUGCUCUCUGCUUGGUCGGGUCGCCCGAUGUUGUUAUGGCGUCCAAAAUGAUACUCGCUUUCACGAUAACGUAUCAGCUGCCGUUAAGAACGGCGGCUAUUCAUAGUUCCUUCUCAAACUACGCUAAAGAACGUCUACGCAUUCAAUGCGGAAUACGUGCAGCUGCUCAGUAACAGCUGUUCACGACCGCAGCGCUUAGAGAAAAAGAAAGUAACCGCAAUGAAUGAAGCAACAUGGCCAAGAGAUCCUUCGGCUUGAAAGAACGGCACGUGAAUAAAAGAAGUAAAAGCGAUAUGAAAAGGGCUGUCGAGGAAGUGCUACCGAAACUAUGUACAAAGGCACAGCCGUCACGCGUGUAUUUUCGCAAUCGAAAGGUAUCAGAGUUCCAUGAAAAACGGCUAUAGAGUCUUCGCUUUUAGGAAACAGCAAUAGAUCUGACGGGCGAAACCUAAGGAGGAACCCAAAUUUUCUACGAUGAAUGCGUUUAUACGAGCACUAGGCAACACGUUUGUCUUUCACAAUGAGGCGAUAAUCUAUGAGAAGUGGUCAUUAAUUUACAUUCAUUUCAUC